UGUAGAGCCGCGGACCCGGAGGUCCUGAGUCCAAUUCCCAGGUCGGGCCAGUGAAGGGUUGUUGGGUUUUUCCGUCGAAGGUUCUCAGUAGCGACCCGGAAUCUGGAAGUUGGAAGUGUGUACACUGUCGUGCUUCGGAAAGCACGUGAAGCCGUUGGUUCUGCGUCUGAACUGUUUCUGGUCGUGUCGGAUUGCCGUCUCAUCGGACUAUGAGAAAUAGAGAGUGCACCUGUGUUUGCGCACACAGUUGUGCACUAUAAUAUGUCCUGCGCAUGUGGCUAAUAUCUCUCGAGAACCGAAAUCAGUCCGGAGGACAUAAUUGAACCCGAAGCUCAAGUACUGGAUUAUGUGACGCAGCAGCAUAAGCUAUUUAUAUCAAUAGCUUCGAGCCAUGCCUUCCGAGUUAUGGGUCAAUGGCUGUGGAAAACUUACACAAAGGUCAUGGCUGAAAUCGCUGAAGGGAACAUGGACCAACUGCCGGAGCUGCACGCGUUGUCGUGCUGCCUGAAGGCGGUGUGCAGCUACGACGGCGUGCAGGCCGUGGAGCGCUGUCGGCUCGCGUGCGGCGGUCACGGCUAUCUUCUGUCGUCCAACCUGCCCGGCGUGUACGGCCUCGUGGCCGCCAGCGUCACCUACGAGGGCGAGUACACAGUGCUGUUGCUGCAGACGGCCAGAUAUCUAGUAAAGGCAUGGAAUGGUGCAAUAAAUGGUAAAACAUUACCAUCAGGUAUAGCUUUCUUAUCAGAUUAUUUCAACAAAAACUCUCGCAUGUGGGACGAUUCACCAGAAGCUAUUAUUGAAGGAUUUAAAGCUGUUGCCGCAGGAAAAAUAAAGGCAGCUUUUGACUCACUUCAAAGUCACGUAGACAAGGGUCGGGAGUUCGAAGAUGCCUGGAAUUUGAGUUCAGUUCAACUAACUGCUGCUAGUGAGGCGUACGCGCGUUAUCUUUUAUGUGAUGUAUUUUGGUCCGAAACUAAGAAAAUGACAAAUGUAUCUAAUAAUCUAGCCGUUGUGCUUCUGCAGUUGGCUGAAUUGUAUUUGGUAUAUUGGGCCUUGGAAAAAAGUGGCGAUCUUUUAAUGUAUUCGACGAUAUCGAAGAAAAACAUAGACAAUCUUCAAAGUCGAUACGAAGAACUGCUCGGUCUCAUAAGACCGAAUGUCGUUGGACUUGUCGACUCCUUCGACAUUAGGGACGAGAUCCUGUGUUCGACUCUUGGUUCGUAUGACGGUCGCGUAUACGAGAGAUUGAUGGAAGAAGCCGCCAAGAGUCCACUCAAUAAUCAAAUCGUCAACGACACUUUCCAUAAAUAUAUAAAACCUUUAAUGAUAAAACAUAAACUAUAAAAUACUUGGUUUUGAAGAAAUUUAUAUAUUUUUUUGUUAAAUCGAAGCAUUAUUUUUACAAACGACCUUUUUUUAAUUAAUAAAAUUUAUGUAUAUUUAACAA